AUGGCUGCUACCGACGUUCACAACACCGACCCUGAGAAGAACUCGACUCUUCAUGUAGACGACAUUGCGUCUGAAAAGGACCUGAAAGCCGACAGGCCUGUAGACGGAGCAGAUUAUUCUGGUGCUGUUGCGAAGACAGACCCAGCUGAGAUCGCGCUUGUGCGCAAGCUCGAUUUCCGGAUUAUGCCAGCUCUGUUCUGUAUGUACUUUCUGAACAAGCUCGACCAGAAUGCCAUCGCCAAUGCGCGCCUCAAUGACUUGGAGAAGGACCUGGGCUUGGUCGGUUCGCAGUACAACACCUGCAUCUCCAUCCUCUACGUCGGCUAUUUGUUCGCACAAAUCCCCUCCAACAUGAUCAUGUCCUCCAAGAAAGUCAGGCCCUCACUCUACAUGGCUAGUUGUAUGAUCGUCUGGGGAAUUGUUGCCACUCUCACUGCGCUUGUUAAAAACUACACUGGUCUUGUCCUCGUCCGAUUCUUCCUCGGUUUCGUCGAAGCACCAUUCUAUCCUGGCGCCCUUUACAUCUUGUCUCUCUUCUACACUCGUAAGGAGAUCGCCACAAGAGUCUCCAUCCUAUACGCGGGCAACAUUUUCGCCGUCGCCUUUGCAGGCUUGAUUGCAGCAGCAACCUUUGCCACGCUUGAUGACAAGCAUGGCAUGCGUGGAUGGCAGUGGCUCUUCAUAAUUGAGGGUAUUGUCACUAUCGGUAUCGCCGUAAUCUGCAUCUUCAUCCUUCCCGACACUCCUCUCACCACAAGAUGGUUAACGCCUGAACAACGCCAACUUGCACAUGACCGUAUCGAAAGAGACACCGUUGGCUUGAAAGAGAGCAAGGGAGCACGAGCCGGCUUUAUGCAGGCUCUUAGAGAUCCAAGGCUUUAUCUGUUGGUCUUCAUGCAGAACAUGCAUUUGAGCGCCACAUCCUUCAACCAGGUUUCACCGCCUACGCUCGUCGCCGGUGCCGUUGGUAUCCUAAUUGGUAUCUCUUCCGGCAAGUUCAACGACCGGACAUGGCAUAUUACCGUCAUGAUGGGAAUCGCCGUCGUCGGUUUCCUCAUCAGCGCAACAACACUCAACAUCGCUGCACGCUAUGUCUCAUGCUUCCUCUUUGCUUCCGGUGUAUAUUCAGUUAACUCCGUUAUCUUAGGGUGGGUAUCUGGUACGCUCGGUCAAACACCAGAGAAGAAGGCUGUGUCAUUGUCUAUUGUCAAUGUGGUGUCGAUGGCUAGUUUCAUCUACACUCCAUACUUGUACCCGAAGAGUGAUGGCCCGAAGUAUGUUAUUGCGAUGAGUAGUAACGCUUCUUUUGCGGCGGCGAGUAUUGCAGCUGCUUGGGCGCUCAGGAUCUGGCUGCAGGUACAGAACCGCAAGUUGAGCAGGGAAGGUGGUAAUGUGUUCUAUGCCUACUAA